CCGACAUUGGCAAUAUCGUCGGUGAAGAAGAAAUCUACGAAAUAGAUGAUGAAGAAAUGGCUGAAGUCAACCGACCAAAAGGUUCUAACUUCCACCAACGAGGACAUUACUUUAUUUUUUAUGAAGAUGGCACCACUGAACACUGA